UGUUUUUGCUGUGCAUGUGUGAGAGAAGGGAGGAGAGAGAAAUCUCUGAUUACACAACAGCAUCGAUGCACCAAGACCGAGAGCAGCUCUCCUAAAUCAGCAUUAGUAUCAGAGCGUUUAUACACACAUACAGAGACACAUCCUUACGCAUGCUCUGUUUUACUAGUCUGUUCUCAUUCAGGACACAGCAAGACACAAUGACCCAGACUUCUGCGUGUAUGUGGAUUUAAACCGGCAGAGUUGGCAUCGUAAAACAUGCACUGAUUGUACUGGAUGAGAAGAAGGAAUUUACCAUUGCUGAAGAUGCCUUGGGCUGUGUGCCAGCUCUGUCUAACCAGGACAGGAAAUUUCAUGUGAGAGGUAUAAGAUUCUCUGCUUUCAUGAUCCAUUAGUCCAUCAGACCAGAUUUUCCCCUUGUUUUUGUGUGUGCAUCUGAGUCAAUAGCAGCGUGAAGGUUGGAGCCAGCCAAUCGGAGGAGAGAGAUGUGGAAGCAGGGGCAGUGGACUCCUCUGGCUGUGCUGUCAAUCAUUGUGCUGCUGUGGAAGGAGGUGGCUCCAAUCAAUGUCCCUCCAGACCCAAGAAUCCAGCAGGACUUGAAACAGCCCCCCACUAUUGUCACGCAGUCAGCAAAGUACUAUAUUGUGGAUCCCCGAGAUAACAUCAUCAUUGAGUGUGAGGCCAAGGGCAAUCCUGUACCAACGUUUUGGUGGAGACGAAAUGGGAAGUUUUUCAAUGUGGAGAAGGAUCCACGUGUGUCCAUGAGGAAACGCUCAGGCACACUGGAGAUCAGCUUCAGGAAUGGUGGAAAGCCUGAUGACUACGAGGGAGAAUACCAGUGCUUUGCUAUGAAUGACUUUGGCACUGCCAUAUCCAACAAAAUACUGCUACGAGUUUCCAAGGCACCGCUGUGGCCCAAAGAGGUUUUGGAGCCAGUGGUAGUAAGCGAGGGAUCAUCUCUGGUCCUGGCCUGUAACCCACCCCCAGGCCUUCCCCCACCUAAAACAUUCUGGAUGAACAGUGGAAUGGGGAAUAUAGAGCAGGAUGCUCGAGUGUCCAUGGGUCUGAAUGGAGAUCUUUACUUCUCUAAUGUGCUCGCUAAGGAUGCUAACACUGACUACAGCUGCAAUGCCCGAUUUCUCUUCACACACACCAUCCAGCAGAAGAAUCCUUUUAUUCUCAAAGUGCAGACAAAGGAACCUUAUAAUGACACUGUUUACUCUUCAAACGACACUUACAUAUAUGGUGCACGUAACAUUCAAGAAUCAACACCGACUUUUCUCUCUCCCUCGGGAAUAUCCAGCUCCAAGAUGGUUCUCCGCGGAGAGGAGCUUCUCUUGGAGUGUAUAGCUGCUGGAGUUCCAACUCCUAGAAUCAAAUGGUUUAAGAAAGGAGGGGAUUUGCCAGAGAGAAAGGCCAGAUUUGAGAACUUCAAUAAAACUCUGUCUAUAGUGUCUGUGUCAGAUGAGGAUUCUGGAGACUACAUCUGCAUGGCCAGUAAUAAGAUGGGCAGCAUCCGCCACACUAUCUCCGUUCAGGUUAAAGCUGCUCCAUUUUGGCUACAUAAGCCAUCUAACCUCGUGUUAGCUCCCAAUGAGAAUGGCCAACUGCAGUGUUUAGCCAGUGGAAACCCCAAACCCAGCAUCCAGUGGCUUGUAAAUGGAGAGCCGAUAGAGAGUUCACUGGAAAAUCCAAGCAGGGAGGUAGUUGGUGAUGCAAUCAUCUUCAGCUCAGUGCAAAUUGGCACCAGCGCUGUAUACCAGUGCAAUGCCUCAAACGAACAUGGCUACCUGCUGGCCAAUGCUUUUGUCAACAUACUAGAUAUGGCACCACGGUUACUGGGCCCCAAGAACCAGCUGAUUAAGGUGAUUGAGAGCAAACAAGCCUUUCUGGAUUGUCCUUUUUUUGGCUCACCUUACCCAUUUGUGCGGUGGUUUAAGAAUGGCCAGGGUAUAGCUCCAAAUGUUGGGAAGUACAGCUUGCAUGAAAACGGUACCCUGGAGAUCAAGCGAGUUCGACCUGAAGACCAGGGAACUUACACUUUUGUGGCAAGCAACAUCUUGGGCAAAGCUGAAGAUCAGGUCCGUUUGGAAGUUAAAGAGCCGACGCGAAUUGUCCGAGUUCCAGAGGACCUCUCUGCCAACAGAGGAAGUGUGGCUCGUUUUGAUUGCAAGAUUAAACACGAUUCCACACUCCCCAUUACGGUCACCUGGCUCAAAAAUGACAAGCCCCUGCAUUUUGCUUGGCUGAGCAAGUUUAAGAAGGAGGAGGACGCGUUAUCCUUUAGCAACAUCCAGCCUGAUGAUGAGGGAACAUACACUUGCACAGUUACCACAGAGUUAGACCAGGACUCUGCCUCGGCCCGCCUUACUGUUUUAGAGGAUGAAUCCCUAGCUCCCUCUAAAACUAGUGCUGUAGCAGCUGUUCCUGAUCCUCCUCAGGAUCUGGAGUUGUCUGAUCUAUCAGCACGCUCAGUCCGGCUCACUUGGAUCCCUGGCAAUGAGAACAACAGUCCUGUUACAAAAUUCCUUGUUCAAUAUGAAGAGAACCGGUGGAGACCAGGCGAAUGGCAAAAUCUGUCCAGUUACGCAGGUGAUCAGAACUCUGUGAACCUGAAUCUGUCUCCGUUUGUGAACUACCAGUUCAGAGUGAUCGCCAUCAACAGUGUUGGUCUGAGCCGUCCAAGCCAGCCAUCAGCCCGCUACCAGACCAGCGGAGCACCUCCUUAUGUUUAUCCCAAUGGCCUUAAAGGGUGGGGUACCAAGAAAACCAACAUGGAGAUCACUUGGCAGCCCCUUCUUGAUAACCAAAGGAAUGGGCCUGAUCUACGUUAUGUGGUCUCAUGGAGGAGGAAGGACUUGGAGGAGGAAUGGAAUAACAUCACCACUACCAAUACAAAGCAUGUGGUCGGUGAUACAGACACUUAUGUCCCCUAUGAGAUCAAGAUCCAGGCAGUCAAUGACUUUGGUGCAGGCCCUGAGUCAAACAUAGUGAUUGGCUACUCAGGGGAGGACAGGCCCACGGAGGCACCUGGAGACCUCAGGGUGACAAAGACAAACAGCAAUAAAGUGAAUGUAAACUGGAGCCCUGUCGAGGCCAAAUCCAUUAAUGGAGAGUUUAAAGAGUACAGGCUAUAUUACUGGAGGGAGGCCAGCCUGGUGAAAGACUUGAAGGUGAAUAAGGACAAGAAAACAAAAGGUUUCUUCAGCGAUGUGUCUCAGAACAGUGGCGUCCUAAUGGACCUUGUCCCUUAUAGCAAAUACAAGAUGUACAUGGUGGUGGCCAACAACAAAUUUGAGGGACCACACAGCAACACUGUGGAGUUUCAGACCAAGGAAGGCUUGCCUGGCGCUCCAAAGUUCUUCAGGAUUGUCCAGAGGAACGCCACCACCAUUCGCCUAGAAUGGAAUAAGCCUCUGGAGCCGAAUGGCAUUCUGAUCGGAUACACGCUCCAAUACAAGACAGUGAAUGGGACAGAGGAGGGCAAGCUUCAGGUCCUGAGUUUCUUCCCUAAUGAGACAGAGUACACCAUGCGCCUGCCUGACCGCUUUACUCGCUACAAGUUCUACCUGUCUGCUCGGACGCAGGUCGGCUCUGGUGAGGUCUAUGCUGAAGAAUCGCCUCACUUUGCCAAUGAAGCCUACAUUACGGACCAGGUCGACAUUGCCACGCAGGGGUGGUUCAUUGGUCUCAUGUGUGCCAUUGCACUCCUCAUUCUCAUCCUGCUCAUUGUUUGCUUUAUCAAAAGAAGCCGAGGAGGGAAAUAUCCAGUGAGAGAUAAAAAGGACCUCCCUUUGGAUCCUGUGGACCACAAAGACCAGGAUGGAUCAUUUGAUUACCACAGCGAUGAGGACAACAAGCCUUUGCAGGGAAGUCAGACCUCUCUAGACGGCAACGUCAAGGAAAGUGACGACAGUCUAGUAGACUACGGAGAGGGAGGGGAUGGCCAGUUCAAUGAGGAUGGCUCCUUCAUAGGCCAGUACACAGUCAGGAAGGAUAAGGAGGAGACGGAGGGCAACGAGAGCUCAGAGGCCACAUCACCUGUCAAUGCCAUCUAUUCUCUGGCGUAGAUUCUUCCAGAAUGAACAGAAGGCCAAAUGCACACACAAGUAAUUCAAUAUAUACAUAGAGAGAAAUUUGGAACCACAUAUACACACUUAACACUGAGAUGCACAGUCCCUAUGAAGAAAGCAGGGGUGAGAAACAAACCCCUGAUGGAGGGGAAUUCAGAACUCGGACUUCAGUGUGCCUUUAGGGCAAUGGGGCACAGGGAAGACAACAGCAACCUGAGACUUUCAAGCAUUUUCUGUGGCUUUUUUUUUUUUAAUCCUGAACCCACAUUCAUACUUUAUAAUAUCAGAGAAAAGCAGACACAAGCAGCAGUCCUGUGACUGUAUCAGUAGUUGGCCAAAUCAACAAAGGAACAUUGGCAAAUGCCAAUAAUAUGAUAGAUGUGUCAAUAAAAGAUAUAUGAAUGCUGUAAUCAGUGCUGGCACAGCUUGCUGUACCAUAAAAAUCUAUGCACUAUAUAUUACCAUAAUUUAAUUUUGGUUGAAAUUGGGUGAUCAAAUUUCUUCUUUUCUUUUAUAAUGCAAAAAGCAUUAAGUUACUAUUAAGUCACUGAAAUGCUAUACUUCCUGGCACCCGUGCCCUAGCAGUGGACAUGUCUGCUGUAGUUUGAUGCCUAUUUUUGCAAGUAUAUUUUCAUUGGCUGCAUCUAUAGCAUUUCUAAUUAUCACCGCUGAUGGUUAUAGAGCUGAAGGCAAGCACCAUCAUUUAUCAAAGUAAAAACAAACAAACAAUCAUACAAACAAAAAAUAAACACACUUUAUUUUGGAGCAUGGUCUUGUUUGUGCGUGAGACAAUAGAGAGGUUGAAAAGAAGACUUUAUCUCUGUUAGCUCAAUAAAACACAAUUGUAUAAUCAUUUUUUUAAUAGCUGGCACUAUAUAUUACAUAAUGGGGAUGAUGAUGAUGAUGAUGAUGAUGAUGAUGAUGAUGAUGAUGAUUAAUUAAUCUGACAUCCACUAUUUUUUCUAGUAUUUUGGGCUGUGGUCUUUGUUUUAGUAAGUUUGUUCUAGGGUGUUUAGGUGCAAAGUAGAUGGAUAGACAUGGAAGCAGUAAUGCUAAAAGGCUUGCAUAAGCAAAGUUAAUUCACUAUUGAAAAUUUUUACCAUGAAUACCAUGCUUGAUAUUAUCAACCAUUUUAAUCUUCUAUAUCUCCCACAUCUUACAGAAACAAAAAACGAAACGUGGAUCCAGACACUAGUUUCGCUAUUAAAACAUUGCAUAGUGUGAGGUUAUGUGAAAAAAAUAUUUAAAUUGCUUAAAUCGGGGACCAUAUGAUUUAGCAUGCUUUAUUUUCAGAGCUUGGUUUUAACACUGCCUAAAAAGCAACUUGAAGUCUAGUGCCACUCACAGUGGUGGGCGUGGCCACCUAGCUUCUGCAAAUACAGCACCAAUAUAGUUACUUCAUACAGAGGGCUCAGUGUAUGUACAAUUAAAUAUUUAUUUGUAUUUCAUUUGUACAAUUUAUAUGAUUAAUAUAUUGCUGAUUAAUUUAAUGAACACCCAAUUUUAACUGCUUGUCUCAUGAGGUCACUGAAUAGUUUCUCACCUAACAUAAGGUACAGUAAACAUGUACUUAAAAAAAUUAUAUCAGACCCAUACUGUGUAAUAAUGGAUGGGUUGGAUACGGGCAGUGGAUGUUUUAUCCACUAAUUAAAUGUUUGAAUCCAUUAAAUGUAUGUUUUAUCUGUUAAUAGUGCUGUUUGUUUUGUAUUACUGUUAUUGUAUUACUGUUUCAAUGUGUUAAUAUAUUUUAAUUUAUUUCAUGUCACUUUUACAUGACACAGAAAAAACCUGUUUGUUUAUUUUGUUCAGACACAGUUUUGUGCUCUCUUUCAUAAAUGUAAAUACUGAUUUACAGACGGGUGGCAAAUUAAAGGGAAACCUGGUGGCUCUUUUAUGCUGUGGAGGUCAUUUUGCUUGCAUGGUUUGGGCCCACUUGUUCCCUUAGAGGGAAACGUUAUAGCAAAUCAAUAUGAAGUUCUUCUUAUUGAUCAUCUUUAUUCAGAGAUUAAGCAUUUCUGUCUUGAUGGGAGUGGUCUGUUCCCGGAUGUACCCACCCCCAUCCACAGCUCACAUCGACUUACUCAAUAAUUUCUUGAGGAUGAAAAUGCUAAAAGCAUAUGCUGUGGCCUUCACAGUCACCAGAUCUCAACUCAAAUAGCUCUCAACUGACCUAGAUUUUAGAGUGACAUUUUAGACAGCUCUCUCCACCACCAUCCUUACAACACUACUUGAGUGCAGUCAAUAUUCAUUCCUCCAAUCUAAUUCCAGUAGAGCCAAUGCCUACGUCCAUUGAAGCUGUCCUGGUGGCUUGUGGUAGCCAAAGAAUGUAUGUUUUUUACAUUUUUUAUUUUACUUUGUCACCCAUCUGUAGAUUUUUUACUUCACACUUAGAAAUUGAAUUAUGAGGGUCUUGGCAGUGCUGCGUCCACCAAGGUCCAGCCACAGGACCCCUAGUUUUCACCAAAAUCUGUCUUUUGGGGGGAUCCACAUUGUUAUUGUAUUAGGUUGAUUGUCAUAUCAUAUAUAUCAUAAACUUGUGUCUCUGUAUAUUUACUUUCUGACAAAAGUAGCGAUAUAUAAUGAGCUGAAGAGUUGUCAGGAGGCAUGUCCACAUCUAGCUGAGCUAAAGUUCAGCUGUAAUAAAUUGACAGUUGACAGUGUC